UGCAUUCGACUGAAAGAUGUUGCUGUCAUGUUGUCGCAAUCCCUAAAUUACAGAAUGUCAUCCUCGUAGGAAUUGCCUCCUCGUGGAGAGAGGACAUGGCCUUGUGCCUUGUCCUCUUCACUUUCUUAGUCAAUUCGUUUCACCACACGGGUCAAUCUACUACUCUGCCGGCCGCUCAUCCUCAUCUUCGCUCCUUUUAUUGCUGGAUCCAACAGCUGUGCGCGAUCAAUUGCGUAAGCAGCUUUGGAGAUGCCUUCGCCGGCGUUUCUUUGCGUCUCCUUCAUCGUCCUUUCUCUCGCCGGAUCCGCUCGGGCAGGCUACAUUCAGUACAACACCAGCGGUGGGACUGUGGCCGGGAAGAUCAACGUGCACCUUGUGCCGCACUCUCAUGAUGACGUCGGUUGGCUCAAGACGGUCGAUCAGUACUUCGUUGGCUCGAACAAUAGCAUCCACGGUGCUUGUAUUAUAAAUGUGCUGGACUCGGUGGUCGGUUCUUUGCUCAAGGAUCCGAAUAGGAAAUUCAUCUUUGCUGAGCAGGCCUUUUUCCAAAGAUGGUGGAGAGAGCAAAGUGAUAAAACUCAAGAAAUAGUGAGAAAAAUUGUUGAUUCUGGACAGUUAGAGUUUAUAAAUGGUGGUUGGUGUAUGCAUGAUGAAGCCACAGUGCAUUACAUUGAUAUGAUUGAUCAAACAACUCUUGGCCAUCAGAUGAUCAAGAAGCAAUUUAACAAGGUUCCUCGUGCUGGAUGGCAAAUAGAUCCUUUUGGUCAUUCUGCUGUACAGGCUUACUUGCUAGGAGCAGAGCUUGGUUUUGAUUCUGUACACUUCGCAAGGAUUGAUUAUCAAGACAGGCAAAAGCGUAAGUUGGACAAAUCUCUUGAAGUUAUAUGGCGAGGAUCAAGAACAUUUGGUUCUUCUUCACAGAUUUUUGCAAAUGCCUUUCCUGUCCACUAUAGUGCUCCAAGUGGGUUUAGCUUUGAUAUAACUGAUGAUGACAGCUACCCUAUACCAGUGCAGGAUGAUCCUCAAUUGUUUGAUUACAAUGUUGAAGAACGUGUAAAUGACUUCAUUGCUGCUGCUAUGACUCAAGCUAACGUGACAAGGACAAAUCAUAUCAUGUGGACUAUGGGUGAUGACUUUAAGUAUCAAUAUGCAGAAGCUUAUUUUAAGCAAAUGGACAAGCUGAUCCAUUAUGCCAACAAGGAUGGUCGUGUUCAUGCAUUAUAUUCUACUCCAUCUAUUUACACUGAUGCAAAAAAUGCUGAAAAUGAAUCUUGGCCACUGAAAACUGAUGACUACUUCCCAUAUGCAGAUUCACAAAAUGCUUAUUGGACUGGGUACUUUACUAGCCGUCCUUCAUUCAAACGUUAUAUCCGCAUGUUAAGUGGAUAUUAUUUGGCAGCACGUCAGAUUGAAUUUUUAGCAGGGAGGACAUCAUCUAAUCCAUCUACCUUAAGCUUAGGAGACGCUCUGGGGAUCGCUCAGCAUCAUGACGCUGUCACUGGUACAGCUAAACAGCAUACAACUAAUGACUAUGCAAAACGCCUUUCUUAUGGUGCUUCAGAGGCUGAAAAGUCCGUUGACGUGGCUCUUUCUUGCAUAACUAGUUCGAGAAACCAUUGUGCAUCUGCAGCAGUUAGUUUUAGUCAGUGCAACUUGUUGAACAUAAGCUAUUGCCCUGCAACUGAAAAAGUUAUUUCUGUGGAGAAAAGCUUAGUGGUAGUGGCAUAUAACCCCCUGGGAUGGUAUCAAACUGACUUUGUCAGGAUCCCUGUGAAUGAUGACAAACUUGCUGUGCGGGAUUCCGAUGGAAACUAUAUCGCCACACAACUUGUAGAGGUGGACAAUAUAACAAGCUCUCUGAGAAGACUAUAUGUUGAGGCUUAUCUUGGAGUCUCGCCAAAAGAAACACCAAAGUAUUGGUUAAUUUUUCAAGUUUCUAUCCCUCCAAUUGGAUGGAACACUUACUUCAUUUCGAAAGAUUCUCAAAAAGUUGCUCAUAGUGAAUACACUUCUAGUUAUGCUACUAUGGAGAAUGAGACCAUUGAAAUAGGGCCAGGUCCUUUUAAAUUGCAAUUUUCAUCAACUAGUGGACAACUAAAAAGAAUUACAAAUCACAGAACGGGAGUUGAUAUACCUAUAAAUCAAAGCUUUCUGUGGUAUGAAGCGAGCAGUGGAGAUGCAGCAGAUGGACAAGCAUCAGGAGCGUAUAUUUUCAGGCCAGAUGGUGCACCACCAGUUCCUUCAUCAAGCUCGGUACCAUUGAAGGUUAUACAAGGGCCUCUAGUGGAUGAAGUUCAUCAACAGUUUAACUCAUGGAUUUAUCAGGUUAUUAGAGUUUACAAAGAAAAGGAGCAUGCAGAAAUAGAAUUUACGAUUGGGCCAAUACCUACUGAUGAUGGCACUGGGAAGGAAGUCAUUACUCGAUUGAUGACAAAUAUGGUCACAAAUAGUACAUUCUACACAGAUUCCAAUGGAAGAGAUUUUCUGAAGAGGGUCCGAGAUUAUAGAGCAGAUUGGAAUCUUCAAGUGACUCAACCAGUUUCAGGAAACUAUUACCCGCUGAACCUAGGAAUAUACUCAACAGAUGGUAAAUCUGAACUCUCAGUCCUUGUAGACCGUGGUGUCGGAGGUUCCAGCAUUAAAGACGGGGAAAUAGAAAUUAUGCUUCAUAGGCGUUUAUUGUAUGAUGACUCCCGAGGCGUUGCAGAAGCUCUUGAUGAACAAGUUUGUGUUAAUUAUGCAUGCGAGGGUCUUACGGUACGAGGGAACUACUACUUGAGUGUUGAUCAAUUUGGUAGUGGAGCUCAUUGGAGGCGAACCUUUGGACAACAAAUUUACUCUCCUCUUCUUCUAGCAUUCGCUCAUGCGGAUGAGGAAAGUUGGAAGUCCUCUCAUGUGAUGAACGCAACCACGAUGGAUCAUGGUUACAAUCUGCCGCCUAAUGUUGCAAUUAUCACACUUCAGGAUCUACAUGAUGGUUCUGUCCUCCUUCGGUUGGCACAUUUGUAUGAGGCCGGGGAGGAUGUUCUUAAUUCAAGAUUGAGUAACGUUGAUCUGAAAAAGGUCUUUGCGGGGAAAACGAUUAAAGAAUUAAGAGAAACAAACUUAUCUGCAAACCAAGACAAGUCUGGAAUGAAGAGGAAGAAGUGGAGAGUUGCAGAUGAUCCUGGAAGUUCCUCAGCUCCCAUAAGAGGUCGCCCGGUCGACAAUACUACACUCGUUGUCGAAUUGGGCCCCAUGGAGAUUCGCACUUUCUUGCUCAAGUUUUGAUGCAUACAAUAUUAUUCAGAAAAAAAAGACUAAUCCAUUCCAAUUUGUGGGAUGUGUCUCAAGGCACUGAAUGAUGUCUUGAAGCCAGAACAAUAAACCUGCUCAAUAAUUGUAAGUGAUGCGGUAAGUUUAGCUGAAGACAGAUUUACUCCGUUACGAUAAUCAUGUGGAGGGGCAUCAUGUUUCAUUCAAUUCGAAACACAUGGUCUAAUAAAUCAUUGUUGCUUAAA